UACACCUAGAGUCAGCAACAAGAGGAAAACUGUUGUGAAUCGAUUUUAGGUCACGAUGAAGUUUGUGGCUUACUUCACACUCCUCACCUCCGCAGUUCAAGCAGGUCUGCUGAGAAAAAGACAAAGUUGCCCGCAGGUUUGCGAUGCCUCUCAUUGCCCUGUCCCGCCGCAGGCCUGUUACUACGGGCAGGUCAGGGAUGGAUGCGGCUGCUGCGUGGUGUGCGCGGCCGGGGAGGGUGAAGUCUGCGGGGAGCGGAGCGGUGGCGGCCUGUCCUGCGGUGACGGGCUGCGGUGCGACUCUGACACGGGGAAGCUCGGUAGGCUCCACAGCUCGUGCGUGUGCGCCUCCCCCGGCCCGGUGUGCGGCAGCGACGGCAGGACUUACCCCAGCAUCUGCCGCCUGAGGGCCGCGAACAGGAGAGCCGAGCUCGGUGAGACCCCCCCGGUCAUUUUGAUCCAGAGUGGUUGGUGUGAUUCAGGAAUCCAACAUCCAGGAAGUAUGCGCUACAAGUUCAACUUCAUUGCAGAUGUGGUGGAUAAGAUUGUCCCAGCUGUGGUGCAUCUGGAGCUUUUCCAAAAAGUGCCAUUUUCCAGUGAAGAGGUCUCUGUGUCAAGUGGCUCUGGGUUUAUAGUGUCAGAGGACGGCUGGAUCAUCACCAAUGCUCACGUACUCACCAACAAACAGCGGAUAAAGGUUGAGCUUAAAAACGGUUUGCAGUACGACGCUACAGUCAAGGACGUGGACCAAAAUAUGGACAUCGCACUCAUCAAAAUUACAGCAGAUAGUCCCCUGCCUGUGCUUCGUCUCGGCCAGUCCUCAGACCUGCGUCCUGGUGAGUUUGUGAUGGCAGUGGGAAGCCCUUUCUCCCUGCAGAACACCGUCACCACCGGCAUUAUCAGCACUGCCCAGCGCAACGGCCUGGAGCUGGGCUUUAAGGACUCUGACAUGGACUACAUCCAAACUGACGCCAUCAUUAAUUACGGCAACUCUGGUGGACCGCUUGUCAAUUUGGAUGGAGAUGUAAUAGGCAUAAAUACUCUGAAGGUGGCAGCAGGAAUCUCUUUUGCCAUCCCUGCGGACAGAAUACGCCAGUUCCUUGUUGAAUCCUACAACAGACAAGUCAACGGAAAUACAGGACAAAAAAAGAAAUACAUAGGCGUCCGGAUGCUCCAGCUUUCACCAUCUUUGAUCCAGGAUCUCAAGGAGCAUGAGGGUGAAUUUCCAGAUGUGAGCUCAGGGGUUUACAUUUAUGAGGUAAUACCUGGAACAGCUGCAUCCAGCGCUGGCAUGAUCGAUCAUGACGUCAUCAUCGGCAUCAACGGGUGGCCCGUCCACACCACGCAGGAAGUGAGCGAAGCCAUCCAGAGUGGCACCACGCUUUCAGUAGUGGUGAAACGAAAGGAUAAGGAUGUUACGCUAACUAUCAUUCCUGAAGAGACUGACUGAUACUACUGACUAUAAAUGUCUGCCAUUAAAAAAGAAAUGUAAAUGUACUAUAUUGUACCUACCGCAGGUAAAACAGUUGGUGAUGUGCCCUGCAUUACUUGGUCUAUUUUGUGUUUACGAGAGCAAGGAAGCUCAAGAGACUGGCAUCAGAAAAUGUUUCAGUGAUCUAAAAUGUCAAGGUGAAUACACCAUAUUUUGUCACUUCUUCAGAAUGAAAGCAAGGGCUUCUUUCUAGAGCCACCAUUUUACAAAAAUGUUCAACAAUCAUAGAGGAAGAAAUCAUCAAAGGUAAAGAUACAAAUUUUUACACCCAUGACAUGAAGCAACAAGACAUGUCAUGUUCUGACCAUAGACUAUAUAUAAAGAUGGACGACAGGUCUCCACUUCCUCCCACUGUACAAAAAUGAAGCCAAAAUAUCCCGGAUAUAGGAGCUGCCAUCUUGCGCUGGUGACGUCAUUUGGAGCCAGAGU